ACAACAGGAGGGGUGGGGGCGGGGCGUUCCGUGUGGCACAGUUGAAGGAGGCAUGCAGGUUUUGUUUCCACUCUCAAGGGAUGGUCUUGCAUUUUAGAGUUCACAGCCCUUUGUGAUUACAUCACUCCAUGGUGUCAAAAGGACCGUAGCCAUGGAGCACCGAAGCUGAUGCUGUGGAAGGAAGUCACAGAGAAAGGACACUAUCUGAAGGAUUACAGAGAGAUCAGAGAGACUGGAAAGGACACAGCCAGAGGCUGUGCCUCUCAGAAGUAGGAAGGAGCCAGCCACCCUUCCUACAGCCAGCAUAGAUCUGGAGCUAAUGCCUUGACUCCAUAAUGCCAGACUCCCAUGUGAGGGUCGGCGUGUCAGGGAGAGCUGCUGCUAAUGGACACAGGCCGCACACCAUCAACCGAUUCACAAUGGCCAUGCCAGUGGCAGCCUCUGUGAGACACUCUGCCUCCUCCUUGUCUUCUCUACAGAAAUACCAAGUGGUUACACAUGAGGCUGGCAGAGCGCUUCUGACUCGGGCUCCCCAAAUGAAGGGCUCGAGGUGGGCACUAGUGGUGCGAGGACCUCCGUGUGUCAGGUUGGGGAUCAUGCUAGUGUUGGCGCUGAUUUUCCUGCCAACCUUGUACUGUGACCUGGGAUCUGUAUAUUACUCUUCUUAUGAAACAGUCAUCCCCAAGAGCCUGACAGUCAAGGGAAGGGAAGACCCAGUGGAAAAGGCAUCCUAUAUGCUCUUAAUGCAGGGCCAGAAAUGGACGAUUCACCUGAAGGCGAAGACAGACUGUUUUGUGAAGAACUUUCCAGUCUUCAGCUACCACGGUGGCGUCCUAGGGCAAGAAAUGCCUUUUAUCUCACAUGACUGUCACUAUGAAGGCUACAUAGAAGGAGUCCCGGGUUCUUUUGUUUCUCUCAACACCUGUUCAGGCCUCAGGGGCAUCCUGAUUAAGGAGGGGAAACCCUAUGGCAUUAAGCCCAAGGACACUUCGAAACGCUCUGAACAUGUGUUGUACACGAUGGCACACCAAGCUCGAGUCUCCUGUGGGGUCACUUCCAACGGCAGCCAAGUGGCGCCUGCCAGCCGGCAGCAGGGGAGCAGGAAGCCUCACAGUCCACAGGCACCGUCCUCCUUUUGGUCACACACCAAGUACGUGGAGAUGUUUGUCGUGGUCAACAACCAGCGGUUCCAAAUGUGGGGCAGUGACGUCAGUGAGACAGUCCAGAGGGUCAUGGACAUCACCGCUCUGGCCAACAGCUUCACCAGGGGGAUAAACACAGAGGUGGUGCUGGCGGGAAUGGAGAUUUGGACCGAGGGGGACCUCAUAGAAGUCCCGGCGGACUUGCAAGUUACACUCGGGAAUUUCAACAGCUGGAGACAGGAGAAGCUCUCCCGUCGCGUGAAGCACGAUGUUGCCCACAUAAUCGUCGGACAUCGUCCUGAAGGAGACGUGGGACAGGCAUUUCUCAGUGGUGCCUGUUCAAGUGGCUUUGCGGCAGCCGUUGAGUCCUUCCAUCAUGAAGACGUCCUCCUGUUUGCAGCGCUCAUGGCCCAUGAGCUUGGGCACAACUUGGGUAUUCGGCACGACCACUCGGCCUGCGCUUGUAGAGAUAAACGCUUGUGCCUCAUGCGUGAAAAUAUCACCAAAGAAGGUGGCUUCAGCAACUGCAGCUCUGAUUACUUCUACCAGUUCCUCCGGGAACACAAAGGAGGCUGCCUAUUUAACAAGCCUCGGCCCCAACAUCGCCUGCGUAGGAAUGCAGAGUGUGGAAAUGGUGUGUUGGAGGACAAUGAGGAGUGUGACUGCGGACCUGACUGUGGUGAUCACCGGUGCUGUGACCAAACAUGUAGGCUGAAGGAGCAUGCACAGUGUAGUGAUGGACUAUGCUGUUCUGAUUGCCAGUUGAGACAUAAGGGAUUCAUGUGUCGUCCUGCUCUUGGAGAGUGUGACCUCCCUGAAUAUUGUGGUGGUACCUCCGGAGAAUGCCCCAUAGACCGCUAUAAGCAAGAUGGCACAUUGUGUGACAGAAUUCACUAUUGUUUUGGCGGCCGGUGUAAGAACCCUGAUCAUCAAUGUGUGGAUAUAUAUGGGUCCCCUGCAAGGUCUGCCCCAGAACACUGUUAUAUCUCCAUGAACACCAAAGGAGACCGGUUUGGGAACUGUGGCUUGUGGGCCUCGUCUAGGACAAAGUAUGUUAGUUGCUCUGAUGAUCAUAUAUUUUGUGGGAAACUUAUAUGUACAAAUAUUAGACGGAUACCAGCAAUCAAACCCCACCAUACUCUGAUCCAGGUACCUCACAAAGAUGACUGGUGCUGGAGCAUGGAUGCCUAUAACAUGACUGACAUCCCCGAUGAUGGAGAGGUGCACAACGGCACUCUUUGUGCCCCACACAAAGUCUGCAUGAAUUACUCCUGCAUUGAUCAUGCCGUGCUCCAUUACGACUGUGAACCUAAUGAAAUGUGUAAUGGGAGAGGAGUCUGCAACAAUUUAAGGCACUGUCAUUGUGAGGCUGGCUAUGCACCCCCUGACUGCAAAGCUGCAGGAAAUGGGGGUAGUGUGGACAGUGGCCCUCCUGGAAAGCCACAUGAUGGAAAUCUAAGUGAAGAUGAAAGCAAAAGUCACAGUGUUUCUCGUAGUAAUUCUGGCAGAGGUUGUGAGAAUGAAGAUGAAAGCAAAGGCCUUUCCAGGAUGGUGUACUUAUUCGCCUUAUUUCUUUUAAUAGUAUUUUUAAGUCUGAUUAUUGGUGCCAUUAUUGGGGCUGGAAAGGAGAGAUCACAGUGCCAACAAAAGGUUCUAGAAGAAACUCAAGAAACUGUACCAGAAACAGAAGUAGGCAGAUUAGAGGAAGAACCAGGGGGAAAAAUGAGUAGUGACAGGAAGAAGGCCAAUAUAUCAAAUAGCUGAAUCAUUAGGUGGAAUAGAGGCUCAGUGGAGCAAGCAUGAAGUUUACACUGACGGCUGCAGGCCCUGACAGGAAGUCUACAGCCUGUGGAAAGGUAAACUGUGCGAGGAGGACUUUUCUUCUUCAACAUCGUCACUGGUUAUCUAUGCAUAUGUAAAAUCACUUACAAAAAUAUUUCAAAUUUUCAUUUUCACAUUUUAUGAAGGAUUUAAAUUAAACUUUUCUCAUGAAAUAUUCAGAUAAAUAUAUUGCCUUAGUAGGUCCAGUUUCUGAGUAAUCUGUCUUUUAUGGAUAUAAUCUUCCACCUAUUUUACUGGGUGUACAGCAUUAUUUAUGCUUAUACAUAUUGCAGUCCCAGGCUUUUUCACCCCACUUAAAACUACACAUUAUGUUAGAAAGUUGUUUAUAUGUUCAUUGUUCUAAUUUGCCCUGUGAAGUUUAUUCAUGAAAUGAAACGAUUUUAAAUUAGUAAGUAAGUAAAUAUAUGUGUUCAAACAACACAUCACUUUAGGCUUUAUAUGGCCUAUAACCUGGAUGUCCUUUAGUUUUGCAGUUUCUUGAAAGAGCUCCAUUAAUUCAGGAUGAUUACUCUGGUUGGGGUAAAUGGGCCAGAG